CCCGUUAACUGUUUUGACAAAAGUAAAUCGUUCAAUUAGUUGUUUAAUAUUUUUUUCGUUAUUUAAUUGUUAAUUUUUUUUUUCGAUUUUAUCCCCAGUUUUUUUGUUUUUAAUCGAGUUUACCGCGUCAGGUGACGUUAAUUUCAUCGUUAUCGUUCGGUUAGUUUUUCAUUUUUUUUUGCUCGGGUCCAUCCGAUUUGACAAGGCGCUAAGCGGAUUCACUGCUGUCACUAACGAUGGAUCAAGAUGAGGAACCGAAACCAGAAAACAAACGUCGGCAGUCCCUUAGUAUCGAUAAAGCAGCGUUUUUAUUGCUCCGGAUUAGACGAGUAUUCAAAAAAAGAAGUCAGAGCCAACAGAUCGAGAAAAGAGAUAAAGUUGGGUCACGUGGACAACAACCACCGCCGCUUCUGCGAUCUAGCACUCUGCCAGCUAUUAUUGUGCCCGGUCUCAGUAUUUUACACGCUCAAAUUGGACCAAACUCCACACAAAACGGUGAAGUUAGCAGUAAAAAAUGCACCAAGUCAUCGACAAACGUAUUCCGCAGUCCUUGCGUUAAGUUUUCGCCACAACCGUCGCCCAACAAGCCCGGCAAGUCUAGUAAAUAUCAAAAUUACAACGACCCUUACCGCCGGAGCAGCGGCGACUUGAAACCCACGCGGUCUAUUUUUUUAAAUGAGGAAGACGAAAAAGACGAGAAGGAAAACAACGUGAACGGCAUUUUGGAAUGGUUCCCAAGGUCGGUAUCCUCGGACAGCAUCGUCGAUUCCACUUAUUGUGUGGACUUGGUGAGAAGGUUACCGUCUCCAUUGUCCAUAAAGGUGAAAGGACGUUUCUGUCCCGGCACUUCGAUAUCGUCGCAGAGAAACAGCGGCGGUUCCGGUUCGGAGGCGCAGUCCAAGCAACAAAGGCAACACAAUCACGCGAAGAGAGAUUCGCAGGUCCCCAACAUCAACAUUCAUUUACACGGUCUAUUCGCGGCCGUAGAACACGGCCAACUGGAAAAAGCAAGAAACAUACUAACCACAUGCGAGGUCCAAGUGAACAGCGUCAACAGCGAUGGCCUGACUCCAUUGGACGUGGCUUUUCUUGGCAACGACCGGGAACUUGUGCGAUUGCUUUUGAGUCAUGGCGCCACAGAAGAAACCAGCAUGAAGAACCUGGAAACCCAUCUGAUGAAUCUACUGGGUGAAGCUGAACGACGUGUAUUGGAACUCAGGUUAUGUGGUAAUCAGGACAACUUACAGACCAAAACUCUGGCCCUGUGGGAGAGGCGGAAAAGAGGAUUGAAAAAAAUGCUCGUUGGGUUCGAACAUGCCAAACCGCCAGAUAAACCGGACAAGAUCAUUGUACAUGUGACGGGAAACGAUACCAUAAAUGUGUCGUGCAUCGAAGCCGACAACCCCGACAGUGCUAUUUGCACUAAAUUCAACAUCGAAUGGAGUACAUCUGAAUCGUUCAAAAACGUCACCGGGUCUAAAUGCCUACCUGCGACCGACGGUAAAUUCACUGUAAGCAACUUGGAACACGGCAAAACCUACUACUUCCGGUGUAGCGCCGGCAACUUGAAAGCGUUCAGUGAUUUUUUAAGCCCGGUCUCCAUUACCACUUCGAGUUGGUGGGACGUUAGCCAAGAUUCCCGUCGCUGUUCAGCCGCAAUGAAAGUCAAGAUGGACGACAUACUCGAUAAAAUGAUCUCCAUACGACCUGACCUGCACCGAUCGUCUUUCCAGGUAGGUGGCGUCGACAGUGCUUCGAGUACGAAAAAAAGGAAGCCGCCCACGUUCAAACAGCUAUUCAGCGGCAACACUAAACUUCAUAAGAAUCUCCGGAGAGGCGUGUACCUUUCCUGUCUUCUGUACCACGAAGACAAAGUCCUGGUGACAAACGAGGACUACUUGCCGGUGGUAGAGAUUGACGACACGUAUCCAAAAGAAAUGCUCAACGAUUUCCAUUGGUUCUAUAAAGUAGCUUUCGCGUGGAAGGAUCUCAAGUGGUUUAAGGAUGACCUAGAAAAGUCGACUAACAGUUCGGUCGGCUUCAGAACGAAACUCAUCCAGGCCGUCACCCAAAUGCAAGACAUAUUAAAUACUCAAGACCUAGGUAAAGUGUACUACAAGCCGAUCCGGGAUUCGGAUGGCACUACUGUGAUAUGUACCGUGAACAAUGUGAGUCAGCCAAAAAACAUCGUUAACCUCAAGUGGACGCCUAUAGCAAAGAUCUUGAAGAAAUCCUCGCGCUCCGACAACCUCACCGACCUGUUGAUUACGUCCAUACAAGACCAAAUCAUGUUCCACCAGACCAGCAAUAAUCGGCUCCAAAAAGGCCUGUACGUCGGUUAUUUACUGAUGAGGAGCUCGGUGGACAUGCUGCACGUUAUGGUGCCCUUGCAGAAUCCAAAUAUGCCGGUAUGCUGUAAAGUCCGGGACAAUCCACACGUCACAGCGGAAGAGUGGUUGUGGCUGAGACAAGGAGCCGGUAGUAGUUUGUGCGAACCCAAAUGUCUUGGAUUCGCGUCUCAAUUCAAAAUGGCUACCAACCGACUGUACUCUUUAGUGCAGAUACCCAAAGACAAGCGUUCAGUGCAACGCGUGUAUACCAGCGAAGUGAUCGAAGUCGAUCAAGACGUAAGCCUCAUCAUGAUCGUACCUCCGGCCGAGGUGGCUUGCGCUGUGGGCGAGGGUAAUCAAUCAGCUCUACACUUGCAUCGCACCGAACUGGUGCCCCUCAGCGUGCAAGUAUUUGAGAUGAUACACUUCGGCACGUACCGCCCGCAAAUGCUUCUGUUGUAUGCCCGUUUGUCCAGUGUCGUGCAGUUAGAUACGGACGACGCUCGAUACUCUAUUAGGCAAGCGUGGAGCUCGUCCGACCUGGAAGCGGCCAAACAGCGACUAGAUACCGUGGAGACCCUAGAGACCAGGCUGAACGCCGCCUGGAAACACUUACGGUGGUUAUUGGACGUGAUGAACUUUGCUCGGGAACGUCUGUUCACCUCUCAAAUGUCUAACGCCAAUUACUCCAAGAGCGCUAGCAACAGCCAACUAGAAAUGAAAUCGGUUAAGAGCAACUCGCUUUUGCAGUUACCCGACACCAAACUAGUUAAAUCCCGUGGCAGCUGGCCCGGUCCAGGACUGAACUCUAUGCGAACAUUGGAGUCUGUAUGUCCAGAAAUAAGCCGUAGCGAUCAAUACUUGUCACCGUGUUCACACGAACGAAGUUUCGGGUUGGCCAGCAAACAGAGUUGUUCCUCUGAAACUAGCGGCGACAGCAAAGAUGACCCGGACUUUGCCGAAGAACAGAUCUCAGAUCCGGCGGAUUCGCCACAAAAGUCUACGCAAAACCACGGGUCUAAAGAAAUUCCGGCUGUGAUUAAAGUUGAUGACCCAGAGUACGUGGACACGACUAUGAAAAACGAAGGGCUAGUUCCCGUUCCGGCUCCCGGAAUCAUAGAGGUAUAUGCGGCCUAUGACACUGGCUUACCACAUCCCACCAGCUUGAUGUUGCACAUAAGUCCUACCACGUCGGCCCGAGAGGUGGUGCAGUUGUUCCUCCAACAGCUGAACAUGUCCGUCUUGGUCAAAGGAAAGACCGGUCCCAUAUACCCUAGCACCGAGUUCGGUAACUUCUGCCUGGUAUCGGUGACCGGUGCUCGAGAGCGUUGCCUACGAGACGACUUCAAACCACUACAGUUAACUGAACCAUGGCGCAAUGGCCGCAUGUAUGUUCGCCAUAAACAGGACGUGCUGGCUGCUUUGGAAUUGCAUUCGUCUAUACAGACCAAACAUUGAACUCAUUAAUAUUGUCCCCUAUUAAACAUAAUUAUGUAUAAAAACAAUAAUUAUUGUACUUAUAAGUAAUACGAGUAUAAUGUUAACAUAAUAUACAAUAUUAUAUAGGUAGGUAUAUAUAAAAUUUGUUUAAAUUAUAGUGAGGUGUUACAAAUAACCCUCUACCGUGUGUUAAAUAAUUAAUUGUAUUGUAAAAUAUAAAAAUGAUAGGUAUAUUAAUGUAUUUGAUAACUUAACCUAACUGAACGACGUUGAAAGUAUUGAUUCUGUUUUUAUU